AUGCACAAAGUCGAUGUCUUUUCGAUGCAAAUUAUAACAAAAUAUUUUACUGCCCCCAAAGAUUUCAUAUCAAUUAUUUUAGUCUCGAAGAAAUAUGAAUUUUUACUUGAUCGUUUUAGAGAAAACCCAAUACCAAUAUAUCCAGAUACCACGCACUUGUUUCCUAAUAUCCAAACACAAGUCCUUUUUACGCCAUUCGAUGUGGUUCUUCCAAACAUAGACCGCCACGUUUAUUUAUACUACGUCUCAUAUGACGAAUUUAAAGAGAAAAACAGCACAUUUGAGAUAUACAAAAAGGUCCAUUACACGCAUAAAGAUGUUUCUAAAUACGGUCUUCACAUCCCAGAAAACGUUUUUGUCAUCGCAAGUCAGGCAUUUUCGAAUCAAGAAGAACUCACAUCUUUUGACAUUCCGUCGUACGUAACGGAGAUUGGGACCAACGCAUUUGAUUCAUGUGGCCUUGAGAAAUUAUAUAUACCCGAGUCAGUCAGAGUCAUCCAGAAAUAUGCGUUUGUUUACUGUGAACAUUUAAAACAUGUUAUUUUACCAGAGAAUAUAACGGUGAUACCAGAGUCUUGUUUUUCAGAUUGCACUAUGCUUGAAACGAUCAAUUUUCCAACAAAUCUAAUCAACAUCGGAAAAUGUGCAUUUAGUGGUGUGAACUUGAAAGAAGUUAAAAUUCCAAAUAACUGCCGAUUGGGCAGUCAGUGUUUUGAAAACUGUGAACAGUUGACAAAAGUCGUAUUGAAUGGAAUUCGAUGUAUUUCAGAUUCCACAUUUGAAAAUUGUAAAAAUCUGAAAGAAGUUGUUGAUAGUGAGGAAUUGGAAGAAAUUGGAGAAUACGCAUUUGAAGGGUGUGAAAAACUUGAAAUGUUUAUUUUUGGUGAACAUUUAAAGUUCGUUGGAAAUUCGGCGUUUAUAAAGUGUCAAAAUCUAAGAAAAGUGAUUCUUCAACAUGUGAAUUACGUUGGCGAUUUCGCGUUUUUGGAAUGCAAAAAUUUAGAGGAACUUGCCAUUAAAAAUAAAAAUUGUGUUAUUGGAAAUUCCAUCUUUGAAAAUUGCGACAAAUUGAGUGUUUUGGAAAUACCAAAUUACAACACAGAAAUGAGACUUGAACUCACUGAAAAUGAGAUAAUAAUAUUGAACAAACUCCAUAUAAACACAACUGAAAAGUGUGUUGAAUGCGUUGAUGAUAAUUUCCAAUUCGUCGAAAAAGAAAACGUCGACUUUUCCAAAUAUCAGAAAAUUAAAAAUUUUAAAACUAAUGAAAUGAAGAAAAUCGACUUGAACACUUCAGUUGAACAAAUUAUGUGUAAUGGUAUCAUAUCAACAUCAUUGACAUCUUUGUAUGUACCUUCUUCUGUUGUUUUAACAGAUAAUUAUUGCGUUAAUCAGUGCAAAAAAUUAAAGAAUUUUGUUCUUCCUAAACACGCAAAUUGCGUUGAAAAUCAUUCAGUCACUGCGAAUUACAUAACAAACAUUGAAUUUCCACAACACACAACCAAAUUGUCAAAAUCAGCAUUUGAAUUUUGCAGAUUUAAAACAUUUAAAAUACCAGCUGGAAUAAAAGAAGUUGAAGAAGAUGCGAUUUUCAAUUGUUACAAUUUGGAAAAAAUAGUCGUCCCAUCAACUGUGACAAAAAUCAGUAAGUCGUUUGUGACCGAUUGCCAAAAACUCACAGAAAUAAAAAUUGAAAAUAAAGCAUUACUCGAUACACAAAAUGUGAUUUUAAGAAAUCACAACGUUCUAACAAACAUUUUAGAUAUUCCUGAUUAUGUUAGAGUUGUUGAAAAUUUAAUGAAUUUUGAUGAAAGUGUGACCAAAUUGGUUAUACCAAACACCAUCACUUAUGUAAAAGAUAACGCACUUUCUUCAUAUGAAAAUUUGAAGGAACUCAUUCUCCCAACCACAUUGAAAGUGAUUGGAAAACACAUUUUCUCUUUAAAUGAACACCUUUCCAAGAUUCAAAUUGGUAACAACACAAAAGAGGAUUUCGACAAAUACGUCGUCAAUUUUAGCUGCCAUUUACGACUUUUGAAUUACGGAUUUCAUUUUGACAAUAUCGAAUUUACUGAUGAUGAUUAUUUAAAAAUAGGUAAACAUUACAACCAAGUAAUGCACAUGGAAACACCGUCUAAAUUUGUCACUUCAAAAACAAUAGAAAACAAAGUUUAUGAAAAUGUACCCAAUAUUAUUACCGAUUACUCACAAUUAAUAAUCAACACUAAUCAUUUUGUUAUCCCUAAAGACAUUACUGAAAUGGUCGAAUAUGGUUUUUAUAAAUCUCAUAUGCACUCGGUUGAUAUUGUAAAUGUGACAAUUAUAGAAGACCAUUCUUUUGCAAUGUGCUUUUAUUUAACUCGCGUUGUCUUACCAAACAAUUUAUUGAAAAUCAAAAAUGCAGCUUUUGCCAAUUGUUAUUCUCUGAAAGAAAUUUUGCUACCAAAAAGUCUUCAAGAAGUAGAGGAGAGUGCUUUUAACCAUUGCUCAUCACUUACUAAAUUUGUUUGUGACGAUAAAGAUGUCGUUUUUGGAAAGAAAUGUUUUGCUAAUUGCAUUUCACUCAAAGAAAUACCUCAAAUAAAAAGUGUUGGCAGUGCGAUGUUUAUGAACUGCAAAAGACUCGAGGAAGUGACUUUAUAUGAAGGGUGUGAGUGUGUUAGUGAUGUCGCGUUUUUUAAAUGUUUUGCACUCUCAAAAAUUGAAAUACCAAAAAGCCUUACAAAAAUUGGAGUCUUUGCGUUUAGAGGCUGUGAGUCCCUUAAAGAAGUGGAAAUACCAGAAACCGUUUUGACUGUUGAAGAUGGUGCUUUUUACAACUGCAAGCAAUUAACAAAAGUGGUUUGCAAAAACAAAAAUAUCUUGGGGAAAUGUGAUCUGUUCGAAGGAUGUGAUUCAUUAAGAUAUUUAGACUUUGGUAACGAUGAUUCAAAAUACCAAUUUGAAGUGAGUUUUUCGUUUGCAGAGCAAAUGAAAAAACACAACAUCAGUUGUGAAACUAUUACAGUGAAGAGAAGUGAUGUUCUUAAAUUUGGAACUUCUCAAAUGGUUACAGAAAUACAAACAAACAAAUUCAUUCAUAAAAUAGACGAAGGGUGUUUCUUCAUGAACACGGAAAUAACUACAAUUGACAUUCCAGAUGAAGUCAAAGAACUUGGGAUCUAUGCAUUUUACAACUGCAACAACUUGAGUAAAAUUGUUAUAUCAAAGAACAUCACAGAAGUCCCUUCUUUUUGUUUUGAUGGAUGUACUAACUUGCUUUCAAUCACGUUUAAAAGUAAAAUACAGAAAUAUAAGAUGUUAUGUUUCAACGAAUGUUCGCAGUUAAAGGGGAAAGUUGAUGCUUCUGGAGAUUGUUUUGAACUUAUAGAAGAUGAUGAUGAUUCGUAUAGUGAAUAA